CUUUGCUUUGUCUAAGGCAAGAAUUAAAAAAACAAAUUCAUUUACUGUCAUUUCGUUGCGUUGUGUGUGAAAUGUGAAAUAUUUGCUUCCGUAUUUCAUGUUCUUUCGCUAUUUACGUAGUAGUUUCAAUGCCUAUCAAGAAUUUAUUGUGAUAUCUACAAAAUGGAUUAAUCAACGGUACCAAUAAUGUGACGCACGUGCAACAGUAGUGCCAAGGAAAUCAUAUCAUAACGAGCCUUUGAUUUCCCAACGACUAGAACAGAAAGUGCGCGAUUGAGAAUGUCGUCCGAUAGGGCAGUAUUUUCUUUGUACGAUAGUUCUCCGGACAGUUUGUUUGAUAUAAGCUUGGAGUUCAUUGUCAAUAAUUUGAAUACUGUUACGAAAUUAGACCCCGUCCGUCGUUGGCGUAAAUUCAAAGACGAUGUCAUAUUGCCAGCUGAAAUAUGUGAGAAAUUUCUACUAGCUUACCAGAAGAAUAAUCGCGUAAGCGAUAACAUCGCGAAUCUGUUUCGCGACAGAUUGCGUACGCGCCUUUACUCGGUGCGGCUGCGGAACUCCCGCAUCACGGAUGAGGGUCUGCGUUGCUUUCUAGAGCACAGACCUUACGAGUUGGAGCUCGUACAGUGCGAGUAUCUGUCUCCGGCGUCGCUAGAUGCUAUUAACAGCAACAGCCAAAAUCUAGUCUCUCUUAAGUUUGGUCCACUAACUUAUGUACUAUCACAGGAUGAAAAUUUGUUCAGACAGCGAGGGUAUAUAAUUGACGCCCCAAAUUUGAGAAGGCUCACUAUUCAUCGUCGAGGGUUAUCUAUUUUCCCUUUACUAUUACUGAAGCCCUUGACGCACCUCACACACUUAGACCUUUCUGAGUGCACAUCUGCUGGUUCCAUCUGGGCUGUAAAUGAAUUAAAGGACCUAAAAUCUCUUAUCCUGCACAGUGUGCAUUGGGCAAGAGACGUUGUAGAUUGGAUAGCUAGCCUUCAGUCAUUGAGGCACCUGGAUAUCUCACAAUCUAAUGAAAGACAUGGAAAAUAUUUUAACCCAAAUGAUGUCUUGUCAAAACUGGUAACAAGCUUGCCCCUAUUGGAGUCUUUAGAUAUUUCGGGGACAAACUUAGCUGGAUCAGGAGCAGCGGCAGUUUCAACUAUGAAAACUGUAGGAAAUUCUAAUGGAAUAGAAACACAAGCCCGCUGUGACAUACCAGGAUUAGUGAGCCGUGUGAACAAGCCACUGGAAUUUCUUGGUCUAUAUGGUACCCACCAUGGUGCUUGUAAGAGGCAUGAUAUCCCUGCUAAAGUUAUAUCUGGAGACGCCAAUGAGGAGCAAAUCUUAAUUGCAGCUGUGGCAUAUAUGGAGAGACCUGUAAUGCUCACUCGUGUCCUCAACGACCUCUAUUAUUUGUUUCGCUAUGAAAAUAAUGCCUAUGUGGGUAGAGCCUUGUCUGUUGUGCUGGAUGCUAUGGACCAACAUGUGUCUGAAAAACACAUCCAGAUUUCAGGAAGUGCUACCCUAUUCUACAUUGUGAAGGGGAGAGAGAAGGCUCGUAUAGGAAUAAAGCUUAAGAGGCGCAUAAUUACUGCAUUGUUGGAUGGCAUGGAAGCUCACCUAGGUGACGAUACAAUGAUGCGCAAUGGAUGCCUCACAAUCUGUCAGUUCAAGAUACCCACUGAUGUUUUGUUCGAGUAUGAACGCGUCGUACAGAUUCUUCUGAAUGGCGUGGCUGAUGUAAAUCAAGAAGGUUUCGUUCAAAGGAUUGCUAUAUACCUGCUUAACUCCUUAGCCUGCCAGGUUGACGGCAAACAGAAACGCUUUUUAGGAAACCAUGGUGCUAUUGGGAAAAUGUUAAAUCUGAUCUCGGACCGGCUGGAGCGACGUCUGUGCGACGAUGUGCUGGAAGUGGCCUGGUCGACCAUGUGGAACGUCACCGAUGAAACACCGCAGAACUGUCAGCGAUUCCUCGAAAACCGUGGCAUGGAACACUUCCUUGCUUGCCUCAAGAUUUUCCCCGACAAAGACGAGCUUUUACGAAACAUGAUGGGGUUGCUGGGUAACGUAGCGGAGGUGGCAGAGCUCCGGCCUCAGCUGAUGGACAAACUAUUCCUCACCGUCUUCUAUGAGCUACUGGACUCAUCCAGCGAUGGCAUCGAGGUGAGCUACAACGCCGCGGGCGUGCUAGCACACAUGGCGUCUGACGGCCCUGCGGCGUGGACAGUGGACGAACCGGCGCGGAAUGCGGUAUUGGAAAGAGUGGCGGCUGCCGUCGACCGCUGGGACCUGCAUGCGGAGAGGAACAUCAACUACCGCUCGUUUAAGCCGAUCCUGAGCCUCCUGCACGCACACCACACGCCGCAGUGCCAGCACUGGGCUGUCUGGGCGCUCGCCAAUCUCACCACUGUAUACCCGGACAAGUAUUGCGGCUUGGUGGAAGCUGAAGGUGGCCUUAAGUUGCUCAAAGAGCUUAUGGUGCACCCAGAACCUUACGAAAUGAUCAAAGGCCUGGCUCAUGUCGUGAUCGAAAACUGCGGGCGGUGGACGUCACGCGACUGCGACACUCCGCCGUUGACGAGUAGUCCGGACAAUUAACUAAUGGAGUUCUUUGAGGAGAUAAAUCCUCAAGUGCGGGACUAGCCCCUGGCGCGGAGGCUGGCGGACUGGCUGGCGGCACUGCUGCUGCUGGCCGCCGCCACCGCCAUCAUCCGCCUCCUGCGCCAGUGAGCCGCCUCGUAGCCCGCAUCCUCGCCCUCGCCGCCACAUCCGACCCUGCCCGCUCCCCAGGGUUCACUGUGUUAGUACAAUAAGUAAAGUAUAUGGGUGGUGUGUGCCAGUAUCUACAUAUAUAAGUGAUAUCUGCAGUUACAACUCAGUGCCGUGAACUUUAUCGUCACAGUAACAAAACGAUGAUUUAUCGAGCUUAAAAUUUUGGAACUGAAAAUUCAUAUUUGUACCGUCGAUGUUAUAUUCAUCAAUGAUACGAGAUAGUAAUAAUGAGGAGUUUUAUAUAUUGUUUGUUUGUUUUUACCUAUUAGACCUAGUAGUAUAAUAUUAUAAUAAUUUACGUUUUUUAUUAUAAAUUAACAACAUGAAUUGUUUUUAAACAAACAAAAAUAUUGAUGUUAGUGUAAUUAUUAUUAUAUUAUUAAAAUGAUUAUUAAAAUUUUUAUCGCUUCAGUAAAUAUUGUUUUAAAUUUUAGGAUGGUAUGUACAUUAUUGCUAUUGUUUUAUAAAUAACGUGAUCAAGGUACUUUAUUUCAGCUUGUAAUAAAAAUAAAUGUUAAUACGAUUGUUUUGCAAUAUUUAUCCGCCAUGGUUAUGAAGGUUAAUGUUUUUUAAGUAUUAUCAUUGUGAGUAAACAUAAAUUUAUCACUAUCGGGAGGUUUUGCCUCAUACACGGAACGUAAGCUCUGAAGGGGAUCGGACGUCAUUCAUUUAUAAUUGGCUUGAAUAAAUCGCAAAGAAAUUCAGAAUAUUCUUAAAGUAAGAGCCUUAAUAGUAUUGUUAAGCAAAAAAAAUUUUUCCUCACAUAUAGUCUUACAAUAAUCUUACUGUGAAUCGGUGUAUAAAUGUAACUCGCAGAAAUGAAACAAUAUUUGUAAUAUAUUAACUAUUUACGUGAUCAGUGUUCAGGGAGUAUCUAAGUCGACUGACUGUCAGCCUAACACUCAGUCUACAUAUACUUAGGUACAGGAGUAACUAACUGACGUGUUUCCAAGCCAAUACUUGUUUUUGUCUACUUGAAUUAUUUAACUGUGAGUUUAAUGCUUCUCGAUUGUACCUCUAGAUAGUAGUUGAAAAUCUUCUAGGAAUGAUUCAUUUCGUACAAGCUAAUUUAUACGCCAGAGAAAUAAGUGUGUAGCAAACGCUAGUUAAAACACCUCAUUUCUGUAUAGUAUAGAUAUAAAUCACCAAGUCAAUGCUAAUAUAAUGACUAAUAUUCUUAAUAAAAUAAAAUUAGAGAUCGAGUUCACUUUACAGUUUUACAAUUAACAAUAGGAUAGUUUGAUAAAAUGUUUGAUAAAGCAUCUAUUCAUUUAUAUUACCAAGAUUGUCUUGCAGGCAGCUUGCACAUAAACAGCAAAAUAAUUAACUAUUUCAUCACUGCUGUGGGUAAAUACAUACACAAUCGCUGGGCAUAAAGGUAUCAUUACGGUAACAUAUCAGUUUUAAUUGUAUGAUUUUAUAAUAACAGUUUUAAUUCAUUCAGAGAUAAGAAUUACAUUCAAUUGAUUUGUUUGUCCGUCAAAAAUCUAUGUAUAAACGGUCGCCCGUAAUUUCUAUCGGGGUAGGCAGCAUUACAAGUCGUAGGAAGACAACUUGCAGCUACUUUUGGGUAUUGAUGUCAUAAGAAUAUAAACUGUUUAAAAACAGAAUAGGGCCCUUUCGACUUCUACGACAUGUUCUCGAUGAUAAGCUGUAUGGAACAUUUUAUGAUAUUCUUUUAAUCUCUGACUAUGUGUAUUAUUGUUACAACAUACAUCUCAGAUACUAUCUAGUGUAUAAAGACUAACCAUACACUUUGGAAGGAGACUUGUGUAUCUCAAAUUCCCAAUUCUCAUGAUCAAAUUAAUUACACUGUAAGCAAUAAACCUUAUUUAAUUUAUAUGUGUCAAUAUGUGAAUUGAUGAAUACUAAUCGUUCUCGAGGUAAAUCGAAUUAAUUAAUUUAUUUUACAAACAAAUUGUAGGUUGUUUAGAGUAGUUGGUGCAUACCACUGCAGUCAGACAGUAGAUACUUUAUUCGCAAGUUUUGAUUUCCUUUUGUUGAAAUGUAGCUUAGCAUUAAUAAAAAAUAUUUGCCUUAUUUUUAUUAUAAUUGUAAUUACAAAAUGAAAUUAUAAAAACGGAAUGGCGAUCUUGAAUAUCGUAUUAUUAAGCACUGUUUAUUACAGUGAUAUUCAUUUUACUUCUUACUGCCAAGAUUUUAACUGGAAAGCAAUGAAUAAGCAGUGUCUUGCUUACAAUUAGAAAUAUAUUUUAAUAAAUACCAUUUUAGAAAUAAUUGUGUGUAUACAUAAUACCCAAUAUUUGAAAAACACCUGAAUAUAUCGUGUAGCUUUGUAAUAUAUGUAUAGUUACUAUGUUCACUAAUUGGUGUACCGCUAUAUGAGCAGUAGGUACGUGUAACAGAAUAACCGAACGCAGAAUGGGAAUGUCAUUUAAAUUAUUUAUACAUGUGGUAAGUAAGUCAAUAUUAUAUUAAAGAUCUAAAAGGAAGUUAUUAUUUGACAAAGAUAUGUUACAGGUGAAUGUGGCGCUGUGAUGUGAGAUCUUGUAACACUGUAUAACCGCUAUGGUUGCAGUACGUAACAAUAGUUUAAAUGACAUCACACAUUUCGACAGGUUGUAAAAGUAGAGUUUUGAAAUUAAGAUCACUAAUAUGGUAUUUAAAGUACUUAUUUAUGCUGUUUAGUGGUGUUUAUUUAAAAAGUGGUGUAGGUGUACGUGAAUCUCAUGGCAAAUGUCGACGGUAAAAGCUUACCAAGCAACACUGGGGUAAGAGGCGAGCGGAUAAACUAAUCAAAUGAGGAUAAAAACUAGAAGCUGAAAUGUAGGUGGCAGCACUGUUGAGUGUUCCUCAAUUUUGACAGUUCCCAUCUAAAAUUCGUGAUAAAUUGCUAUAAAAUGUGGAGCAACGUGGAGUGUACUCCGUCUGAAGGAUAAACAAUAUGUUUGUUUACUCAAAUAGUAUGGCGAACUGUCAAAAUUUACAACUGUCCUUCUAAAAUGCGCAACGUGAUAAAAUUAUCGAUCAAGAAAAGUUUUGUCGAAAUCGAUAAGUUUGUCAUUUUACCUAACAUGCGUGUCACGCUCAAAUAAAUUACCAUCACGAUAAAAGUUUAUCACAUCGAGAAACCGAUGUAGCUAUUUUUUAUUUUUUGUAUAUGGCAACAUACAUACGUUUUGAACCCUUUGUAAAAUCCACAUCAAUUUAAGCUAAAAGCCUGUAAUCCAAGCUCAUUUUUUCUCAAAAUAAAACUGACAGUAUGGACAUAUUACGUUGAUGUGUCAAAAGUCCACAGAAUCUGAUAUAAAUAUGGUAACAUGUUAGCGUUCGACAAUAUAUCAUGUUGUGGUAUUUUGGCAGAGCGACAUGACUUUUUUUGUUUGCAUUGUUAACACCAAACGAUAAAACGACAUAUAACGUCAAAAUCGAUAAAAAGACUGACAAAAUUUUAUCACGUUGCGCAGGUUAGCCCGGAUGGGAGAACUAGAUAGUUUUUAUCCUCUUUCUAUGGAGUUUGUAUAGAACUACACACAGUAGUAAAUGUUCUUCUAACUAUCCUUUAUAAUACGCCUUUUUUGCACACAGAAGAAUCCUCAUUUUAUAUGAAACGUCCAAGUAAUGAUCAAAGACGAUCCCAUAUGCGGUACGAUUCGUCUGUACGAUUUGAUGAAAAUCGUGACGAUUGAUCGCAUCGCAAAUGACGCUCAUACACGAAACGAUUGGUCGUAACGAUCGAUCAUUUAUUUAUUUGAAACUGAAGUAUAAACACGUGUUCUAAUAAUUCAAUACGUGCCUAAUAAAGGAAAAUUAACUUCUUUUCCUUACCUAUGUGGCGGUAACUUUGAUUCGGCUACAAAACAAAAAAAAAGAAGGCCUAGAAAAAUGUGGGUUAAGAAAUGGCUAUUAAAGCAAAACCAGUAUUCGCAUCUAAAUAUUUUAAAGGAAUUAAGGUUCCAUCCAGAAGAGGCAUAAUUAUAUGAGAAUGACGGAACCCACGUAUCUAAAAUUAUUGAUUCAUCGUUACGAUAUUCAUGAUUGCAUGGGUUUUUGUUGCGAUUUCCGAUAUCGUCUUCGAUGAAGUAAAUCGUUAACGAUCUUGAUAUACACUAUCGAUUCGUCAUUUCGAUCAGUCUUUGCUCAGUAGUUCCUUCAGAGGAACUGCUAAAGGAACUACUGAGAAUAGAGGUCUGUAGCGACGGAUCGGACAAAUCGUACUGUAUAUGGGGCCCUUUAGUGUCACAGUAAAAAUGCUACCAAGAACUUUGAGAGGCAUUUUAUUUCGCUGGCUGACAUUUGAACCCAAACAAACAGAGAAUCCAAUAUAAGUGGAAAUAAUGGCCAUAGACGUUUGGCGCUACGUUCUUUAUAUUACGCAUAUCACUUUUUUGACAGCGAAUAUAUUUAUUUUUACCAAAAUGUAUGAAUAAUCAAGAUUUUUAAUACAAGUUAGGUGUCGGUAGCUUCGACAUAUAUUAUAUUUAUUGCUCGCGGGUCGGAAAUCAAUGAUCUCCAUUUAACGUUUUUUGUUGCACUUAUUGUAGAUUUGCACUAGUUUUAAAGUGCCGGGUGAGAGCCUUCAGCGCUCCCCAUUUGUCCGGCCAAGUAGUUAAUACCAUCUGCGGCAAAUCUACAAUAAGUCACGUCAAAAAAAAGUAGUUUUAACAUUUAGUUGACACCCUGUUAACUAAAACAACGAACAUGCUACUCUCAAAUUGAAAAUCAAUUAAUUUCCUGUUUAUCGAACUUUUAAAUGUUAUAAGGAAUGUUGCAAAUGUAUGUUAUUUACUUUUGUUUGCCAUGAGAUUCUGGGAGACCUGCACUUUUGACAGUUUAAAAGUUUGUAAAAAAUCUUAUGAAUGAUUAGCAAUGAUUUGAAAAAAUUGUACAAGAAAAUAAUAAUGAUUACUUUAUCAAUAAAUGAAUUACUCUCAAAAAGGCCUUAUACCAUCAAAUGCCUUUUAUUGAUUACAAAUAAUACAGCAAGGAGGUCUCACCGCAAGCUCUAUGUUAGAACUUACAUAACACCAAAUAGCAAUAAUAUUUUAUAAUUAUUUUCAAAGUACGUAAUUCUUGAAGGUGUCUAAUCCAUCCAGCAGAUUCAGCCUAUUAGCUGACUGACCCGUAGCUUGUAUUAAAUACUUAUUAUACUUAGGUGUUUUUGUUACGUGAUUUCAAUGAUUUAAAAUGUUAAAAAAAUAACUAAACAAAAAUCUAGAAAGUCUUACCUCUUUAAAAGAUAUGUCGUUUAAGGAAAUAAUAUGUUAUAAAUAAAGAAUUAAUAUAACAUAAGUGUUUCACUGGAUGAGAAAGAAAACGACCUCAAAUACAACAAAGUAUCAUUUAUUUUUUAUAACAUUUCAUUUUAUAUGGUUUUAACAUAUUCAUAAACAACAUAAAAUUUGUCAAAUCAUUCGCGAUUCGAAGCAUGCAAAGUAAAUAAUAUUUAAACAAGAUAUACGUAUAACAUAGUUUAAACACGACACGAUAAUCUUGUGCUUUGCUUGUAGUACUCUCGUGGUAUUUAUUUUAUGUGCGUUUAUUAUAUAUAGGCUCAUUAUCUUACCAUACAAUUUUAUUAGAUGGAAUAUUAUUAUGUUUAGUACCUUAUAGAACUAACCUAUAGAAUAUUUUGUGACAAUUACAGGUAGCUAAACAUUGUAUUAUGUCCAAAUGAGGCGAACUUUUGAUACAACUACAGCCAAGUGGAAGUUGUCAAUCGUACUUGAACGUAUUAGCUUGGCUAAUUUCUUUGAAGU